UAAAAUUAUGGAUAAGUCGAAUUUUUGUUUAUUGGCCAUCCUGGCCGUCCUGGCGGUCGUUGUUACCGAGGAAAUGUAUUCAGACGAGUUCGAUCACAUCAAUCCCGAUGACAUCUUACCGAACGACGAGCUUCGAAAUCAGUAUUACAAUUGCUUUAUGGACACUGGUCCGUGCGUGACAGAAGAUCAAAAAUUCUUCAAACAGCAUGCCGCUGAAGCGUUUGCGACGAAAUGCCGAAAAUGUACAGAAGCCCAAAAGAAGAAUGUGGAAAAGAUAGUCGUAUGGUAUACCGAGAACCGCCCUGAGGAGUGGCUUGCCAUGGUAGAAAAGCUUUUGCAGGACGCGAAGAAGUUGAAGAUUGAGCACGGCGACUAAUGUUGCCAAAUAAAUAAACACAUUCUGCAUUGUCAUGUUUACUUAAUUGUGAAAUAACAAAUAAUGAUCUCGCGUCCAUGUAGUUUUCCAAGAUAUAGCAGCAAUAUAUACGAUACAAAAGCAUGUAGACGAGAACGAGAUUUAGCAGUAUUGCAUGUACAAUUUUAACUGACAAUAAAAGCCGUUUUGU